GAAAGGGCAGACCUUCACCGCUACAACACAGAUAAAACAUCACAUGGCUAGCCUAGAUCUGGCUGACUCUCUCUCAUUAGAUUUACUUCUGUAACAGCAGAGCUUACAUUUCCACCAUUUCUCUUCCUCCUCAAGUACUUGUACAGAUACAGUACACAAGUGCCUCUUUUAAUCUUGAUCCAAAGGCAAAGCCAAAACCCAUUUUCAUUCUAGUUUAGCCCUUUUCUUCUCUUUCUCUUACUUCUUUUCACAUAAUAAAUCUUGGGUUCCACACUUCCACAGCAAAGUUCAAUUCUAUCUUCAUCUUCUUGUCCUCUCUUUCAAUCUCUCUGCUUCCCAGAUCUUCUUUCUCUGCUCUUUAACAUAUACUUGCUAGUUUUAUCACAAUGUCUCAUACCAGGCAGGGGCUAAAACUUGUGGUAGGGCUAACUUUAGCUAUUUUCUUGUUCGUUGUUGUAGCUGUAGUUUUUGUUUUCUUUAAAAGAAAGGCAGAAAGAAAGACGUGUAAUGACAUAGAAAACACUGAGGAGAAGCAUGGAGAUCAUGGGGCUGAGACGACAGAGGACCUGGUGACUUUUCAAGGUGGUCAAGACUUAACAAUAAGUGACAUUCUUGAUGCACCAGGAGAAGUUAUAGGGAAAUCCAACUAUGGUACUUUGUACAAGGCCUUGUUGCAGAGGAGUAACUGUGUGAGGUUGCUUAGGUUCUUGAGGCCAAUUUGUACAGCAAGGGUUGAAGAUUUUGGUGAUGUGGUUCAGUUGCUGGGGUGCAUUAGACAUCCCAAUUUAGUGCCUCUUUUGGGGUUCUAUGCAGGGCCUAGAGGUGAAAAGCUCCUUGUUCAUCCAUUUCUCAGGCGUGGCAACCUGUCUGAUUUCAUUAGAGAUGGGAAGUCUGAGUUUCACAAAUGGACCGUCAUUUAUAAGAUAUCUAUUGGAAUAGCCAAAGGAUUGGAUCAUCUUCACGCUGGAUUGCAGAAGCCAGUAAUUCAUGGGAAUCUCAAGUCAAAGAAUAUAUUGUUGGAUCGCAAUUUCCAUCCGUGUAUCUCCGACUUUGGCCUUCAUCUCCUCUUGAAUCUUACUGCUGGCCAGGAAAUGCUUGAAGCUUCUGCAGCUGAGGGAUAUAAAGCUCCUGAACUUAUCAAAAUGAAAGAGGUCACUUUGGAGACUGAUAUAUAUAGUCUUGGAAUAAUUCUGCUUGAAUUACUCUCAGGGAAGGAACCGAUCAAUGAGAAUCCAACCGCUGAUGAGGAUUUUUAUCUGCCAACGUUCAUGCGAAAUGCAGUCCUUGAUCGGAGAAUUGCUGAUUUAUACCAUCCAGACAUACUUAGCAAUGGCGAUGAUAAUGAAAGACCUGUAACUGAAGAAUGUGUACUCAAAUACUUUCAGCUGGCUAUGGCCUGUUGUUCUCCUUCGCCUUCUCUUCGACCAAACAUCAAGCAAGUCCUUUGGAAACUUGAAGAAAUUGGAAGACAAUAACAUCUUUCAAAAAUUGAACAGGGUUUUGGUGGCAGGGCACUGUGCAGUUGAUUUCGGGCUAAAAUUUUUACAUUUUCAUUUCUUUCAAGAUCUUGUUCAAUGGUUAUGACAAAGUUGAUGACAAGGAUGAUAUCGUCGUAACGUGCGUGGGAAAAGUUGAAAUGGAUGUCCACCUCAAGCAAAAAAGUCGACAAUUUCAGCUACAGCACAUAACAAGAAGUGGGGUUUUGUGAAUUGCGAUGCUAUCUUUUGUGGUGGAGAAAGUUUGAAGCAGGAAUUCUAACUUGAAGCAAAGUCUUGCACAUUCCAGCCAUCAGACAAGAAAUGUGGAAUUGGUGAUUGGCUUUGUCGGAUUCCGAGACUACUUUGUUGCUAAAAAGCACCAGCGACACAAGAUUAUGAAUCUGAUAUGGUCCCCCGCUUUGUUAUGUGGAUGCAUAUAUGUUUACGAGAAAGGGCCACAUAUCAACAGCAAAAGUGUCAUGCUUAUUUCCACUACCCCAUCAAUUGUACCUGCAAACCUCUCCAGAAUCCAAUGGUAAGUUCAUCUUAAAUUUGCAAUGCAACGAGGCACUUUUACAAUUCUGUGGAGAGGUAGCUAAACAUUUACUCUCUGCCCUAUUCCUUGGACAAGAAACAGUGGCAGCACAUGAAAGAUACUGAUGCUUUGGGCUAGUUAGAUGCUUUACUCUUGCUCUACUACUUGAUUAACCCAGUAUUGCUCACAUGGUUACAUGUAUAUUAAACCAAAAUUGACGUGGGAAAUUUGUAUAGAAAAUCAAUUAUCAUUUCACGUUUCUUUUUC